CGCUGUACCAGAAUAACAGCUCUCUGCCUCCUGUGACACAUUACUGUCUGUCAGAGCUGAGCCGAGCAGCAGCAGUCUCUCUCUUCAGGAGGAGAAGUGGAGCUCUUCUAGAGGAGACACAAGAGCACACUCAAGAACAGCAACGACUUGGCUGCUAUUUUUUUGUCUACGAGUUUCUAUUUGUGAGAUAUGAGUCAGCGUAACACAACAUUCAAGCUUGCCAGCUAGUGGUGUGUGAUCUGGAGGGAGAGGAAAGGACAGCAGACAACAUGGAGCUGUCUGAUGGCUUGCUGCUGCAGGUCAACAAUGGAGAGCAGUGGUGCAACCGCUGGAAACAUCCCAACGAUGACUCGGACCGCAGCACCAGCCCCUCAGUCCUGCGCUGCGUUGCCAGCACGUGGAAGGAGGGCCUGCUGAACAGAAAGAGGCCCUUUGUGGGCCGUUGCUGUCACUCCUGUACACCGCAGAGCUGGGAGAAACUGUUCAACCCUAGCAUCCCAUCUCUGGGACUGCGCAACGUCAUCUACAUUAAUGAGACCCACACCAGACAGCGGGGCUGGCUGGCGCGCAGGCUGAGUUAUGUGCUGUUUGUCAUGGAGAGAGACGUCAACAAGGACAUGUUCUGCAGGAACGUAGUGGACAACGUGCUCAACAACAGCAGGGUGGAGAGUUCUAUUGUGAAGGUAGCCACAGAUUUGGACGCUGCAGCCAGCCAGCCCAACCUGGAUCACAAAGCAGUCAGUAAAGUGAAGCAGAAAGCCAGGGCCUUCCUUCAGGAGAUGGUGGCCAACAUUUCACCGGCCUUCAUCAGGCUGACAGGGUGGGUCCUCCUGAGGCUCUUUAAUGGUUUCUUCUGGAGCAUCCAGAUCCACAAGGGCCAGCUGGAAAUGGUCAAGAAAGCUGCUACAGAGCAAAAUGUGCCCAUGGUCUUCCUCCCCGUUCACAAAUCCCACAUCGACUACCUGCUCAUCACCUUGAUCCUGUUCUGUCACAACAUCAAAGCCCCACACAUCGCUGCUGGAAACAACCUGAGCAUCCCCAUCCUCAGCACCCUUAUCCGUAAACUUGGAGGGUUCUUCAUACGACGGAAAAUGGAGGAGACGGGGGAUGGGAAGAAAGACAUUCUGUACAGAUCGCUCUUACAUGCGUAUACGGAGGAGUUGUUGCGUCAGCAGCAAUUUCUGGAGGUCUACCUGGAGGGUACCCGUUCCCGCAGCGGUAAGCCGUCCACAGCGCGUGCAGGCAUGCUGUCCAUCGUGGUAGACACAAUGUGCGACGGGUCGAUCGCAGACGUGCUGGUGGUGCCAGUUGGCAUCUCUUACGAUCGUAUUAUUGAGGGCAACUACAAUAGCGAGCAGCUGGGCAAACCUAAGAAGAAUGAGAGUUUGUGGGGGAUAGCAUGCGGAGUCUUCAGGAUGCUGAGGAAGAACUACGGUUGCGUCCGAGUUGACUUCAACCAGCCCUUCUCCCUAAAGGAGUACCUGGACUCCCAGAGAAGCCGCCAUAUUCCACCAGCCGUGUCCCUGGAGCACACCUUGAUGCCCAUCAUUAUUUCUGCACAACCUGAUGCUCAGCUGUUUGAAGGGCAGGAGGAGGAGAGAGAGCUGCCCGAUGACAUCUUGAGACGACAACUUAUUAACAACCUGGCCAAGCACGUCCUCUUCACGGCUAAUAAGUCAUCAGCGAUCAUGUCUACCCACAUUGUAGCCUGUCUGCUGCUGUACAGACACAGACAGGGGGUGGUGUUGUCCAAGCUGGUGGAAGACUUCUUCAACAUGAAGGAGGAGAUCCUGUCUAGGGACUUCGACCUGGGCUUUUCGGGGAACUCCGAGGACGUGGUCAUGCGCGCCCUGCACCUGCUGGGAAACUGCGUCAACGUGACCAGCAGCGCAAACCGCAACGGCGAGUUCACCAUCGCGCCCAGCCAAACUGUACCAGCGCUUUUCGAGCUCAACUUCUACAGCAAUGGCCUUUUCCAUGUCUUCAUUUCUGACGCACUCAUUGCCUGCAGCAUCCUGUCACUGCAGCGAGAGCUGCUCGCGGAAUCAGAGUCCGAUCACCCGCCCGGUGGUCCCAAUAGCCUCCCUCUGAGUCAGGAGAGACUCAUCCGCAAAGCUGCCGGGCUCUCCCACUUCCUCAUCAAUGAGGUGGCAGUGGCACCACCCUGUCAGACUAUUUACCAGGUUUUCCACGAUGCAGUGACCCGGCUCAUUCAAUAUGGAGUUCUCUACGUAGCAGAGGAGGACCAGGAGGAACUGAGUCCCAGCCCCACAGAGGAACCGUGGCCCAAAAAGUUCCCCGAACCCCUUUCAUGGAGAAGUGACGAGGAGGACGAGGACAGUGACUUCGGAGAGGAGCAGAGAGAUCGCUACCUAAAGGUGAGCGUUGCAGCAGAGCACCAGGAGUUCUUCGUCUUCCUACAGCGACUCGUCAGCCCGGUGUUGGAGGCCUACAGCGGCGCCGCGAUCUUUGUCCACAGCCUGAGUCAGCCAAUGGCGGAGUCCGACUACACCCAGAGGCUGUUCAGAUACCUGCUCACCCGCACAGAGAGAGGAGUGGCUGCUUAUGGUGAAAGUGCAACUCAUUACCUGGUGAAGAACACAGUGAAGACAUUCAAAGAGCUCGGGGUCCUGAAGCAGAGAAGAGAGAACCAGGUGACGACUCUGGAGCUGAGCAGCACCUUUCUACCUCAGGCCAAUCGGAACAAACUCCUGCAGUACAUCUUAGGUUUCACUCUUCUGUGACCGACACUCCUUUCAGCCCAGCUCGGACCCCAGGCUCCUUCCAAUAAAGGGCUUCUACUGGUUACUUCGAAACAAUCCCAGGUGCUACUCUGUGGAAAGCUUUACCAGGAAGUGCCUUCACGUAACAGCCGCUAACUGUAAGCUGUUAGCCGGAAGAGACUUGAAGCCAGUCUUCCCUUUUUUUUGUUGCAGUCUAUGACUCCCUGUCUUAGAACUGUGCAGCUGAUAAAACACGUGUAUCGCUCUUUGAAGAGGUACCUCUAGGGAUCAUCCUCUCUUUGUGAACUUUGCCGUCAGUCAUGAGGUUUUAAUAUGAUCGAAAAUUUUAAACUAUCAGAAAAUAUACUCAAAGCAGGUUAGCAAAUGAGAAUCACUUUUACAGCAACCCGAACAAAGCAAGCUGCCUUUCGUCUAUACAAGUGAACAAGCAAAAUAUGCAUAGAAAAUAAUGGUGAACAUAACCAACAAUGAAGACAUUUUUAUGUUAACUCUGCUUGUUUGUAAAUCUGCUGUAAUUCUCCAGUGCACUCCACUAUCAACAUGUCAAAAUGUAGUUUGAUGAAAGGCUAAUUUUCAAAUCCCUGUACAUAGGCCACAAGUACAAUGUCUCUCAUUUGUAGUGCAUUUAAAUAAAUGCACUCUGGUGUCAUUAAAUCUAAUAAUGUAGGAGCAUUAAAUAGAAAGAUUUGUCCCUGCAAGAUGCGUACAUAUCUAAAUUUUCGUUUGCAAAACUAAAUGUCAAAAUCUAAUCCUCCUUAUAGACAGCUUUGGACAGUUAUACUCCACAGUUAAUGGUUUAAGAUAUCAAAAGUAUACGUAGCAAAUCAGUUAAACUGAGCAAAAAAUAUCUACUCGGCAAACGCAAAAUGUACCUGUUGAAAGUCCGGCGCAGUUGAAGCCUAAAAUCACACAAGCAUCUCCAGUUAAGUGCAUUCAAAUCGCUUAUUUCUAAGUGCAUUCAGUUACACUUUUCGUCAUGGGUUUUGACGUAAAAGUAAUCUCUGUGUUUGCGUGACACCUUUUUCACUCUGAAUGAAAUGAAUGUUGCAUAGCACAGCACUUAAAAUACUCAAUACCAGCCAUCACAUCCACUUCAGUUCAAAUGCAGCAAGCUCAGAAACUCUUUGGUCAUGCCCUUCAGGGAAAGUAGAGAUUUUGGGAUCAUCACCAUAGAAACACACAAGCCGUUUUCAGCGUCACUGCUAAAAGAGAAAUGGUCGGGCAUUCGCAAAAAACAGAGGAACGGUAUAGUGUGUUAAAAAAAAAAAAAACGGUACAUAUCCACUGUGUAGUCCACUUGAACAAAAGGUCACGUCUGUAAUAGUUGGCGUUUCU